GGCCGGAAGUGCCGCGUCACGUGGCGCCACCCGGAAGCGGCGGGCGAGCGAGCGAGCGAGCGGCGGGACCGGCGGCGAUGAGCGGCGGAGCCGAGGAGGCGGCGGUGGCGGCCGCGGCCGGAGCUGAGGCCGAGCGGCGGGUCCGCAUCGUGGUGGAGUAUUGCGAGCCCUGCGGCUUCGAGCCCACGUACCAGGAGCUGGCGAGCGCCGUGAAGGAGGAGUACCCCGACAUCGAGAUCGAGUCCAGGCUGGGGGGCACAGGUGCCUUCGAGAUUGAGAUCAACGGGCAGCUGGUCUUCUCCAAACUGGAGAAUGGAGGCUUUCCGUACGAGAAGGAUCUUAUCGAAGCAAUUCGCAGAGCGAGGAAUGGGGAACCGCUGGAGAAAAUCACCAACAGCCGCCCCCCCUGUGUCAUCCUGUAGCCCAGCGCCCAGCUGGGAUCUCCCGGCCCCCUCGGCGUCCCCCUGCUUUGCUCCUCGCUGCCUUCAUUAGCUUCCUGUACGACCGGGGAUAUCCAGGGUAUGCGAGAGCGUAAGGAGCCUCCCGGGGAAUGCCACCGUGGCACUGGGGGUGAGAGCUGGGAUGGGCAGAGCUGUGGUACUGGUGUCACUGGGCUGGCCGUGCUGGGGGGGCCGUUCUGGCCCAUCCCUUCGGGUCGUGUCCCCGCUGUGCCUGAUGUGCGGUGGCGGGUAGCUGUGGCGUGCGGUGGAUCCUCUGCCUGCCUUUGCCUUCCCCCUUCCUCUGCGCUUGCCUCCCCCCAUGCCCAGCAGUGGGCGGGGGGGGGGGGGCAGUGUCUCUCCCCUCCCUCAGCCAUGGGGGGCUUGGGGGCCCCCCGCGAACGCUCUGCCCAGCCCUGGGGGGAGCCAGGCCGGGCGUUGGAGGAGACUUUGUAGCUCUCCCAGCAGGUUAAUGCAGAGACAAAAACACUCACCGUAAACUUUAGCGUGAUUCGUUAAUGAUUAAAGUCUCUCCUGUCACUGUUUAAACCGGUGCAAGGGCAGCAGGGACCGGCUGCCCCGGCCGGGCAUGGGAACCCCGGCUUGGCUCCGUCCCCACGGCCAAGAGGUUUAUUUAACGGCCGCGAGCUUCCCCGUCCUCCCCGUUCUCAGGCUCUCGGCUCUCGCUUUCUGCCUGUAAUGACUCUGCCCUUGGCCACGGGGCGGCUGAGCCAGCAGAGGGGCCCCCUAUUUAUUCUAUACUGUGUAUAAACCCAACGGCCCGGUGCUGAAUAAAGGACAGAGGAGAACGUG